AUGGCCGCCACGCGCGCCGCCGCCGCGUCAGCGAAGCAGGUGACCAGGAAGAACUUCCCAGAGUCUCUGCGAGAGCUGGCGGCUCACAUGAAGGAGUGCGACUAUGUGGCCGUCGCGGCGCUCAAGACGGGCGCCCCCACCGGGUGGCGGCGCGCGCUGCCCGUGGACACCGCAGAGACGGCGUACCUCAAGGCCAAAUUCGCCGCGGAGUCCUUCCAGCCUCUCCACAUCGCGGUUUGCCCAUUCCGCGUGGACGCCACCUCCCGCUCCACCGUCGUCGCCUACCCGUACAACUUCCAUUUGUUUCCCAGAGACGAGCUACAUGUUGGAAUGCCUUCUUAUAGUUUCUCCUGCCAAUCAUCAUACUUAUCAUCUAUGGCCCGUGAUGGUUUUGAUUUCAAUAUGUGCAUUUAUGAUGGCAUCUCUUACCUAUCAAGGGUGCAAGAAUCCUUGGCCAGGCAAAAGAUCGUUAUCCCCCAUCUUCGUCAGCCAUCUCCAUCACCAAGUACAUCGGUUGCAGAUUCAAUUUUUACAACUAGAAUCAAGUCGAGAAUUCAGCAUUGGCGUAAAGGAUACGCAGAACCAAGCAAAACAGCUGAUGAUUCUUUAGUUAAUUCCCUUAGGAAACUAAUUUUGGGUGGUGAAUCAUAUGGUUCAAGGCCCAGUAUGAGCGUCGAUGUCUGCAGUGAUCGCCAAGUUCAACUGGUUUUGGAGAUAAUAGGUCACACCUUUGAUGACCUUGUACCUCUUGUCGUUCCGGAUAAAUCUGGCGUUGCUAGGGCAGUGCGUGUCAUCUUUACUAGUUCUGCAGAGGAUAAAAAUCUUCUCCUGAUGGACAUCAGAAAAUUGGAGGAUGAACAUAGUUUCAAGUUUCGUGGAUUUCGAGAAGUUGUUGAUCUACUAUCGUCAUCACAGAAACCAAUCAUAUCAUACAAUUGCUUGAGUGACCUUACAAUGAUACACACCAAAUUUAUUGGGCCUCUUCCGCCAAACAUGCAUGAAUUUAUGUGUUCCUUGAGGAUGGUUUUCUCUAGUGUUGUUGAUAUAGGCCAUUUGUGGCGAGAAAUCGGCCCUUUGAGAAAAGCGAAGAAUAUACAAGCAGCUCUGAGUUACUUACAAAGACAGUACUUUGUGCCAAUGGAAAUAGAAAUACCACAGCAAGAUGGUACCAAUAGUGUCACAAAAGGUGGAGAAAAUGUUCUGAGAAUAACAAAAUUAUUUGCUAAGUUAAGUAAAUUACUUAAUAUCAGUCCCAAGUGUCAAUCUCAAUCUGGUGAGCAGUGUUACUCAGUUGAAGAUUACUGUAACAUCUUUUAUCCCGGCUGCAUGGCCGAAGAAUCUGAUGAUGUUGACUCCACUAACGAGUCAGAUACCACAAGGACAGUGAGCACUGAUUGCGUUCUUUUCUUGUGGGGGUUUAGUGGGAUAUCUGCCAAAGAAUUGAGGUCCCGCCUUACAAGAUUGCACCAUGUCUUCUCGAAAGAUUUUGAGCUUAGAUUGCUGGACAAGACAUGCUCAGCUUUGAUAUUUCGUAGCUCUGAUGCUGCAGCGGGAUUACUGAGAGACAUAAGCUCAGAAAGCCCAUCGCUAAAUGAUUUCUUCUCAGAGGGUCUGAAAGCCGCAGGUUUCGAUGUCUACAGGAAGGCUUGCAGGUCAGGGCUUUGGGAUUCAGAUUUAGCCGAGGCCCUGGAGAGUGCUUCAUCGGAGCCAGCUACUUCGACGCUUUCUGGUCAUGGUAGCUCUGAGAUAUACUGGAGUAGCUCAUUGAAGCUAGAUCUAAAGGAGUAUCUGGAGUGCUAGAACAUCGUAUAGCCCUCUAGGUUUGGUUCAAGUCAUCUCAAGCUACCGUUCAAGUAAAUCAAGAACGGUGACGCUUGCUUCUUUGGACAGUCUUUUCCCAGGAUAUAAGAUGUUCGGUCUAGGCUAAACUUUAUUUUGUUUCGCCUCAGAAAUUGCCACGUGCAUAUUUGAGCGGAGCUUUUACACCUGAUCUACCAGCCAAAAUUUGAUGGAAUUUCAGUUAGCUACAGGCGUUUCAUCUCUCUGUGAUGAGAACUUGACAAAUCAGCAGGCGGAAGAGGGUGAGAUUGACUUGCGAUGUAACGCUUGUGGAACUGCAGGUACUUUCAUUUCAAAGAUGAUCCCUACCCCAUGUACCGAUCUAUCAUGCCAGCAGGAGUUCAACCAAUGCAAGCAUUGCCACUCACAUAAUAGGCUUCCCCUGUUUUCUCUGCAGGCUGCGUAUCAAGUGGAUGAUAUUCUGAAGAGCAUAUACUCGUGCAAAGCAGAUGAUCUGAUAUUAUAAAGAUGGAUUGCAUGCCAACCUUGACGGUAUAUCGAAGGCCUAUACUUGCCCGAAAUGGAUAGUGCGUAACAGAUUUUCAGAUCGUUAGCUGUCUUGCGUGUCCUCUUGGGAUUGCGGCACGUAUGGAACCGGCAGAAUUCAGGUCGAAAUAGGACGAGCAUAACAAAGUCAGCCAAACAAACAUUGUGAACGCGAGCUAUCUUUCCCGUGCCUAACCACAUGAACAUUGCUGAAUGUGUCCUGGAGCAGUAUUAAAGCCUCCUUUCGACCUACGUCGAGAAUUCUUGCAUCGCAACGCUGUGAUUCCGACAAUUCGGCGUGGGGAAAGCAUAUUGUACGCUUUAAUCAUGC